AUGUACAGGUGCACGGAUAGAACGAUCGCUAUCUAUGAUCCCCAUCCACAUAUAUCGAUAUUUCGCGAAUUCGCCGGUUACACCGUAGGAGCAGUUGCGGAAGAAGAUGAUGAAGAGGACAAUACAGAAUAUCUGAAAUCCCUUGACCCCAAAGACUGGAAAACGAAUGAUCAUUACGCCGUAUUAAACCUAAAGAAAGCGCGAUAUAGGGCAUCAGAUGAUGAUGUCCGAAAACACUAUCGUAAACUUGUACUCAAACAUCAUCCGGACAAAAGACGGGCACGAGGCGAAGAUGUUAAGGACGAAUCUCAUGAUUACUUUACCUGCAUAACUCAGGGUAAGUCUUCCGUGUUUCUGUUUGUUUAA